AUGUCCUCCAAGCUUCUCAUCGCCGUCACUGGUAUCACCGGCCGUCAAGGCGGAGCCGUCGCUCGUGCCCUCCUCCAAGACGGCACCUACGACGUCCUCGGCGUCACCCGCGACCCCCAGAGCGAGCGCGCCAAGACCCUCGCCGACCAGCUCAAGAUCAAGAUGGUCAAGGCCGACAUGGCGGACGAGGGGUCUCUGCGUGCUGCCUUCCAGGGGCAAAUGCUACCUGCUAAGUCCUGCAUCGGCCACAUAGACGAAUUCGAUCUCGUCAACACAAACAGCACAGAGAUGAACCCACCGUCUGUCAAGUCGAUCCCUUUCGGGAAGGACAGCAUUGGCAUUCCAUCGUCAUGCCAAAGGAGCAUCAUGGGCAAGACCCUCGGGGUGUCGAGCCAGACCAUGACGAUGGAGGAGGUGGCGAAGCUCUUCACGGAGACCCUGGGGAUCGAGGUCAGGUACAACAUGGUCUCUCGCGACGAGUACGCCAAGCUCCCCUUCCCCGGGGCCGACGACCGGGCCAACAUGUUCCAGUUCAACAGCGACUACAACAAGGAGUUCUGCAGCCUGCGGUCGUCGGAGGACGUGAAGAAGUACUUGCCGAGGGGGGUACCGCUGAGGGACUGGAUCAUGGAGCACAAGGAGGUGCUGCUGCAGCGGGUGUGA